AACACGGUGCUGCUCUUAAAUACAUCCUCUGCUCUUUUAUUCUUCUCCAGCAGCUAUAUUCCUUUAAGAUGAUGUAAUAGUUAUUUCCCUGGUUGGUUUCUUCCCUGCACUGCUGAAAUAGCACCAUCUCAGAACAGCCCUGGGAACUGUGGAUCCACCCAGCUCAGCAGCUAGAGCAGGCUCAGCAACCAAGCACCAGAGCACCCACAGCUGAAUAUCAGCUGCUUCUGCUUCUACUCCUAUUGCUGCUUGCUCUGGCUGCUCCCGUCCUUUCUUUUUUUUUUCUAUCAGCCUACCUGGAAGUAUGCUAACCUCUGUGUUCCUGUUGGAACUUGGAGUAUCAAACGUAAAUCCUUCCCCAUGCAGUCUGGCUGAGAGUUUUGUGGAAAGCAUUUAAAAGGCAGCAUCCCAUCUGGAGUAAUAUUUUUUUUUUCCCUUUAAUAACAAGCUAGUCUUUUUUUUCAGUGUGCAUUUUAUCUGCCGAUCGCUACAUCUGAAAAUUCGUCACUGUGCUGCCACCCAGGAGUCGAUAACUCUCUACACUUGAUAAGAGCAACCGCUUUCUGAGACUUUUGUUAAUUAGUAUUUUUAUAUUGAUUUGUACUUGUGUUUAUAUAAAAUGACCUCCUUUUUUCAUCGAGGAAGGAUUAUGCAACUCAGAUUUUAAAAUGUCUGUACAUACAGCAUGACCUUGCAUUCAGUGGGCUCAGAGUGAUGCACACAUUUUAUAUAUUUUUUUAGGAAGUUAUCACUCCGGUGAAACUGGUCUUAAAAGUUCCACAAACUAAUCUAUAAGCUGAUGCUCACUUGCAAUUGACUUCAUGAUUACAAAUUCAAGACUGAGAAGCGAAUUCUUGCACUUUGGGGAUCUACAUUGCAGUUCUUCAUUCCCAUUUUACAAUUCAUGAACUGUUUGUACUGUAGCUAGGAGCAUCUAUCAAGCACAAAUGGCACUGAGUGGAAACUGCAGAACUUAUGCCCCACCUAGAGACCAAGGGGCUGUUUUUCAAUCUUUCCCAGAGGUAAUUGAAUUAAAUGUUGGAGGGCAAGUUUACUUUACACGUCACUCGACCUUAACCAGUGUACCCCAUUCACUGCUAUGGAAAAUGUUCACCUGCAAAAGAGACUCUAUAAAUGACCUGGCCAAAGAUGUCAAAGGACGAUUCUUUAUUGAUCGAGAUGGGUUCCUAUUCCGGUAUGUACUUGACUAUCUCAGGGACCGGCAGGUGGUCUUGCCAGAUCACUUUCCAGAAAAAGGGCGAUUGAAAAGAGAAGCGGAAUACUUUCUACUGCCAGAACUAGUAAAACUCUUAGCACCUGAUGAAGUGAAACAAAGCCCAGAUGAUUACUGCCACAGUGACUUUGAAGAAGCCUCCCAAGGUAGUGAAACCAGAAUAUGUCCAUCAUCAUCUUUAAUGCCUUCAGAUAAGAAAUGGGGCUUCAUUACUAUUGGUUACCGAGGAUCUUGCACCAUGGGUCGAGAAAGCCAAGCAGACGCCAAGUUUCGGAGAGUUCCAAGAAUUCUUGUUUGUGGCCGAAUCUCUCUAGCCAAAGAGGUUUUUGGAGAAACGCUUAAUGAAAGCAGGGAUCCAGACCGAGCCCCAGAAAAAUACACCUCCAGGUUUUAUCUCAAGUUCAAACAUCUAGAGAGAGCCUUUGACAUGCUGUCAGAAUGUGGAUUCCAAAUGGUGGCUUGCAACUCAUCAGUAACAGCUUCAUUCGUUAAUCAGUACACUGAUGACAAGAUCUGGUCCAGUUACACAGAAUACGUUUUUUACAGAGGACCCACUAGAUGGCCUUCAACUCAUUGUGAUUGCUGCUGCAAAAACACAAAGGGGGAGAAAGAAGGUGAAAGUGGAACAUCUUGCAAUGAACUUUCUACAUCCAGCUGUGAUAGUCAAUCUGAAGCCAGCUCUCCUCAAGAGACAGUCAUCUGUGGUCCGGUAACUCGCCAGCCCAACAUACAGACUCUAGACCGACCAGCCAAGAAAGGACCAGUGCAGAUUAUCCAGCAGUCAGAAAUACGCAGGAAAAGUGACCUUUUAAGAACUUUAACAACUGGGUCAAGAGAGUCCAACACAAGUAAAAAAAAAGUUGUGAAAGAAAAACUCUCUAUUGAGGAAGAGCUGGAAAAAUGUAUUCAGGAUUUCAUGAAAAUAAAAAUACCCGAAAGGUUCCCUGAGAGGAAAUAUUCAUGGCAAUCAGACCUUUUACAAAAAUAUCACCUAUAGAAAGGGCAAAAUAUUAUAGUUCACUGGUAU